ACAUUUCUUGUUAGUGAACCAUCUAUACAAAUGCUAUUAUGUUUUUUAAUAUUUUGAAUUAAAUUUGGUAGAUGGGUUUUUUCUUGUUAUUAGUAGUUUCAGGUUCGGUAACUAGUUCUUGGUUUCGCAAACGUUUUAUGCUUUUCUAUUGAAAUCACUCAUUCUGUUAGUUUGUUAGAAAUUGGGGUUCUUUUCUUUUUUGCUUUUCUUCAGUCUUAUACUAAUUCAGAACCCUCAUUUGAAGCUGACAGAAAAACAUGAAACUCAUAGUCAGAUAGUUGGAUUAGUAGUGUCUUCAAAAUUUGGGUCCAAAGGUGAAAACUUUCAUUAUUAAUGAGUUCAAUUCUGUAUGUAUAACUCUUUUUUUUAUUUGAAUUGCAGUAGCAUAAUCAGAUUUGAGAUAUGAAGUUCAAACAAGGAAAUAAAGUUGAGGUAUUGAGAAAACAAAAGAAAGAGUUUGAGUCUUGUUGGUAUCCAGGUAAAAUAAUUUAUAUAGUUGGAUCUCAAUACACUGUUAGUUAUAAUUUGGUUCGAAACUCGAAAGGAGAACCACUUGUAGAAAAUGUUUGUCGAGGAGAUGUUAGACCAAUACCACCACCAACAAAAAGAGACGGAGAAUGGGUAAUCGGUGAUGUUGUUGAGGUUUUCGAUCUUAGUUGCUGGAAAGCGGGGAAGAUUGCAAAAGUCAUGAACGGAAAUCGUGUUGUUAUUAGACUCGUUGGGUCAAUCCAACUAAAGGAAUUUCAUGAGUCUAAUUUACGGGUUCGACAAACUUGGCAAAAUGGGGAAUGGGUUGCUGCUGUGAAGGGAGGUCGAGAAAGACGCGACGAUAAUAAUGAUACUCUACGCAAGUGUUCAAGUCUUACCCAAGGCCUUGGUAGAGGGUCCCAACAACAUCUUAUUCUCAAAGAACCUUCUGUAAGAGAUGGAGAGGAGCAGGAAAAGUUCAAGAAUCUCCAACUUAUGAAGAAGUCGAAGAGAAAUAUUGACCUCCAUUUUGAGUCAGCAUUUCAUGAUGAAAUAACUGAGAUAGGUGGUAGAAAGAGAAAAGCACUCAUGAAAGUGGGACAUAGUGGUCGACUUCCUAAGAAAGCUAAAAUGGGUAAGAACUGCAACUAUUCUUUGCAUCCCUUUUCAAUGCCCGUUAUGGUUGUUACUGAAGAUAGCAAUGAAUGCUCUGUUGCUAGUUGUAGUAGUAAUUAUUUGCCAGAUUAUAAGCCCCGAAGUUGGGAAAUAUCAUCGAAGAAUGGGGAUGGUAGUUGUUUUGACGAUGCUGGAUCAGUUUGUCCAUCUAUGUCUGAGAAGGACUAUUUACAAUCUUAUGCCGAUGAUGAAUUACCAGACGAUGAAGACAAUGGCGUUCAUAAAUUAGAGUUACAUGCUUAUAAAUCAACUGUUCAAGCACUAUAUGUGUCUGGACCAUUAAGUUGGGAACAAGAAUCACUCUUAACAAAUCUGCGUCUCUCUCUAAACAUUUCGAAUGAGGAGCACCUUCGUCAGCUGAGACAACUUUUAUCUGCGCAGGUUCUUUGAUUUCGAUAUUCCCCUAACAGGAGGAAACCCUUGAACGGGAACGAGAGCAGAGUUACAUUCUCAAUUACAUUCGAGAAGAAAUUUAGGCAGACAAUUUUGGGUUGUCUUUCAAAUGUAAAUAUACAUGUAGAUGAGGUGUUUCAGUAAAGCCAAAUAAGGUAAUGUAGUUCUUCAGAUGAUUAUUGCCAUAUCUUUUUUUUUUUCAAUAGUAUCAUCAGUGCACAUUGCAACUCUACUAUGUAAUUGUUAUCCCAAUACGAAUUACAAGCUUGCAUGAUUUUCA